AUGAAUAAAAAAAAAAUAAUACUUAGUGGGUUUGGUACAUUCUGUGGUGUAUCAGAUAAUCCAAGCUCACAAUUAAUGAAUGAGAUAAAAACAUACAUUAAUGGUAUUCCAAAUAAAGAUGAAUUAAGAUUUGAAAUUAUAGAUAUAAAUGUUAUAAAAGUAUCAGGAAAUGGUGUAAAAGAUUAUUUAAAUCAAAUAGAAACAAAUUAUUUAAAAACAUCAAAGGAUGAUAUACCAAUUUUAAUUCAUUUUGGUGUUUCAAGCUCAGAAACUAAUAAUAGACUUGAAAGAUAUGGUUGGAAUAUGGCUGAUUUUAGAUGUGAUGAUGAAGAUAUGUGGAAACCACAAAAUGAACCAAUUGAUUCAAAUGAUUCGAGUGAUAAAUAUGAAACUACUCUUCCAAUAAAUGAUUUAGUUGAGAAACUUUCAAAUAGUAACUAUAAAGUAACACCUUCCAUUGACCCUGGAAGAUUUGUUUGUAAUUAUUUAUACUUUUUAUCAUUAAGAUUAUCAAAAUUUUAUAAUACAAAAUCUUUAUUUGUUCAUAUCCCAUUAUUUGGUGUUAUCGAUAAAGAAACACAAUUAAAUUUCAUAAUAGAUUUAUUAAAUUCAAUUUCAAAAUAA